CUGCGAGAACAAAUGUUGCAGAGCCAGCAGUUUAGCUGAUGCAGAUAUUGCUCGCUAUUGAGUAUUGUCCGUUCACGGUACCGGCCUCUCAAGAACAUAGUCAUUGGUGUUUGUGGCUCUUACCUGCUGAGCAGCGAACGGUCAAGGUCAAGCUUUGAACUCGCAGGUGUCUAUCUGCGUCUUGUGACAACACAAACCCGUGUCUGGGCAGUGUGCUGCUGCUGCUGCUUCUGCUGCUGCUGCCGCUGCUGCUGCUGCCGCUGCUGCUGCUGCUGCUGCCGCUGCCGCUGCUGCUGCUGCUGCUUCUGAUGAAACACAACACGCGUCGUAGCGUCGAAGGCCAAACAAAUCUGCUAGAAGCUAAAAGAGUGACUAUAAAACUGUUCAAAGUGAUGUAACCCACCGGUGGCCGUACUACUGCCACCACCGCCGCCGACAUACUACUAUCAACCUCAUCAACGGCCGUGCUGCUGCGGUGAAACCUGAGUUGGCUCCCACAAGUCGAAAUGGCAGAGUGCAUGCCACUGUUAGUGGAAAGGGUCCAGCGGCGUCUUGUGUACUUGAAAACACGAUUUGCAAACGAGAGUCAUUCGAUCAUCGACUAUCUUGUGGAAAAUGGAAUCUUUGAAACAAACAGCGAGAUCCAUCAGAAACUCCAGCACCCGAUGAAAACUGACAUUGAGCGAUUCCGAGCAAUUUGGACAUAUCUACCACAGACGGAGAAGGGAUUGAAAUUGUUCAUGUGCGCCAUUGAGCAAACCGACACAUUCAAACAAAAUUUCAAAAUGUACUACGAAGGCUUGGCGAAGCCGUUGAGGGAGUAUCCCGACAACACACUAGAAAUUCACCAUUGGAGAGAACAAGAUGCUAUCCCAGCGUGGAUGGAAGCCAUGCAGCAAUUUGAGAGAUCCGGCAGUCAGCCAAUCACCCCACAGCAAGCAAGCGAUGCCGGCGGUGACCACGCGAUAGCGGAGCCUGUCUAUACACCUACCUAUGCCAGCAGUGCAUCAGCUGAGCUGGUCAGCCCUUCUCCGGAUGAAAGUGGCGAGAAGCCGGUGACCCCGGCGCCCAUGGCUACUGGUUCUGGUGCUGAUGGUGGUGAUGGUGGUGGUGGUGUCACGCCAGGCAGAGAUGGAUGUGUGAUGUACAGCUCGCGGUUCAGCGGCGACGGAAAUGCCGCACUGCGCGGUGGUACUCUUGAUACUAUGCAGUACAGCUCGCAGGUCAGCGCCGACGGAAGAGCAGCACUUGGUGGUGGUACCCUUGACACUAUGCAGUACAGCAUUGAUAGUCCACAGUACAGUACUGGUGGUGCGUCCGUUGUGAGCAGAGAAGAAGUCGGAGUAGGGAGAUAUGACAGCACUGACUCACCUGGACCUCCUAUACCUGCGACUGAUGCUGGUCUUCCUCGAUUGCCCACAGAAGUUGAUGGCACAACUACCACUCCGCUAGAAGAAACGGAAAAGGAUGGUAAAUAUAAUUAUGUCACUGACUCACCUGGACCUCCUAUACCUGCGACUGAUGCUGGUCUUCCUCAAUUGCCCACAGAAGUUGAUGGCACAACUACCACUCCGCUAGAAGAAACGGAAAAGGAUGGUGCAUGCCGGGAAAGCACUAGUCAAUCAGCCCAAGCUACUACCAAUGCUGACGGCAGUAGUGAUGCUGCUGCUGCCGGUGGUGGUGGUGACGGCGGUGGUGAUGAUAACGGUAGCGAACAUUCCUCUUCUGGCCCGGGCACGAACUGGGGAUCAUACCUCUGGUACGGAUUGGCGGGAGUUGCGGUGGUGGUGCCCGCCUCUGUACUCCUGUACGGUGUAGCGUCCUCGCUUUGGCCCGGGGCGUUCCGCGGCGGUAUGAAGGUCACACAAAACCUUUCCCUGCUGAGCUGGUUGACACUAUCGCAGUCUCUGGAGAUCAAGUCUCCUGCUCCUCCUGAUGGUGGAUCUGGGACAUAGCCGAUCUACAGUCAGCAAUGGCACUUGACUGCUCUUAGCAUCUUGUCUUGUUCAGUUUGAAAUUAAAUCGAGGAGGCUAUCACAACCUAUAUGUUGUGCUUGAGAAAAUAGAUUUCAAUUUGAUAAUUUCUAUUCCCCUUGUUGACGUUUGGUUCGAGUCCUGGUAGUGGUAGUCAAUUUUUUUCUUUCGGCUUUUCCCUUUUCGACCCUUCAAACUAGUGAAUAAAUGUUGGCAUUUGUUAGGCACAUUGGCACCUUGCAGUGCAAGAUGACCGCAUUAAUUUCUCCCCCCAAACCACACCUUUUAUUUGUUGCAAAUUGAUUUUAGAUUUUCAUUUCACCAAAUGUUCGGCCAUGGCCUACCACCAGGGUGGAAACCAGGGAGUCGCAAAAUACCGUA